CCAUGGCAAUCAAAUCCCUUCUCUCUUCCUCUUCCCAAUAUUCUUACAACACACAGCCCGCCCUUAGCUUCUGCCUCCAAAUCAGCAAAACCAUCAAACACCUCAAGCAGACUCACGCUCGCAUCCUCCGCAUCUCAAGUGGGCCCCACCAAACCCACCAUCUCCUCCUCUCGCUCACCACCCAAAUUCUCAGAUUCCCCCAUCACCUCUCCUAUGCUCGCCAUGUGUUCGAUCAAAUUCCCCACUGCCAAAACCAGUUCCUCUGGACCUCCCUCAUCCGGUCCCACUCCCUCCAUGGGCAAUUUAGCCAGUCCCUGUCCAUUUACACUAAAAUGCACCGGAGCGACGUUCCACCCACUGCCUUCACCUUCUCGUCUGUGCUGACGGCCUGUGCCCGUUUGCCUGCGAUGAAAGAAGGGCAACAGAUUCACGAUCGAGUAAUCAAAUCAGGGUUGUCUUGCAAUAAGAUCGUGCAGACGGUGCUUUUGGAUAUGUAUGCGAAAUGCGGUGUCGUCGAUGAUGCACGUGAGGUGUUCGAUGCAAUGUCUGAGAGAGAUGUUGUUUCUUGGACGGCAAUGGUUUCGGGUUAUGCGAAGGUGGGCCUGAUGGAAGAUGCGAGACAAGUGUUUGAUGAAAUGCCGGAGCGGAAUGUUGUUUCUUGGACUGCUAUGGUUGCUGGGUACGCGAAUUUGGGGGAUGUUGGUGCCGCCAGAGAUCUGUUCGAUAAAAUGCCGGAGAAAAAUGCAGUGUCAUGGACGGCUAUGAUUGCGGGGUAUGGGAAAUGUGGAGAUGUGGAAGGUGCCCGUCGUGUGUUUGACGGAGCACUUGCACUUGACUCCACUUCCUGGGCGGCCAUGAUCGCGUGCUAUGCGCAGAAUGGGUUCUCAAAAGAAGCAAUAGAGACGUAUAAGGAGAUGAGGGGUGCAAAUGUGGAUGCCAAUGAGGUGGCAAUGGUGGCAGUGAUCUCCGCUUGCACACAGCUUGGGGAUGCUGACAUGGCGGAUUCAGUGGCAGAACAUAUGGAAGAGAGAUGUGCUGAACUCACGCUUGUCGCAGCCAAUGCCCUGGUCCAUAUGCACUCGAAAUGUGGGAGCAUAGACCAAGCAUGCCGGAUAUUUUACAAAAUGCCUAAGAAAGAUGUAAUCUCCUACACUGCAUUGAUCACCGGCCUCGCCGAUCAUGGGCGGGGCCAAGAAGCUCUAGAGUUCUUUGAAAGGAUGCAAAAGGAAGGAAUUGCACCCAACCAAAUCACCUUCGUCGGUGUCCUCAAUGCAUGUAGCUACGUGGGCAUGCUCGACGAGGGGUGCAAGUACUUCAAGCUGAUGACACAGACAUAUGGGAUCGUCCCACUAACUGAGCACUACGCGUGCAUGGUGGACCUUCUUGGGCGAGCUGGGGAGCUCGAAGAGGCCCACAAGCUAAUCGAGAGCAUGACCGGUGCACCCGAUGCGGGUGUAUGGGGUGCUUUGUUAGGAGCUUGCAGGGUGCACUGCAAUGCGAAACUGGGUGAAAUUGCUGCCCAGCAUCUGUUCAAAAUUGAGCCCGAGAAUACUGGGAACUAUGUUCUUUUAUCAAACAUUUACGCAUCCUUGAACAGAUGGAAUGAAGCGGCAAGGGUGAGGAAUAUGAUGAGGGAGAGAGGAAUGAUGAAGUCCCCAGGAUACAGCUGGAUUUCAAAGUGAUAAGGCCCGCUUCCACGCUUUUAACAAUGGGCGUUGCAUAAAACACAGAAUGUUCCAUGAUUCUUCACGUGGGGCCCAUGUCUUCUGCCAAUGGUAACCCAAGGAUUGACGGUUAGAUGAAAAGCAAACCGUCUCUCAAUGCUAGAAAUGUUAGUAAAUCCAAUGUUUUCACAACAGGAGAAAUGACAGCAUCGAUGUUGAUGGUAUGCUGGCUAGUAUUGGUGCUUCAUUGCAAGAACCCCAUCUCCGAGCCAUUGCUAUUUCACAUUUUCCAAGCAGCCGCGUCGUCACAAGAGAAUCACUUCCUAGUAGAGGAGCAACUCCAGUGGAAAAGGUUGAAAGUAAGAAACAUGGGAGGAAGGCAAUCCGUUCCAGAAUGCAGGUAUUAUAUUGGUUGGGGCUUGUUUGGAUUGUGAAUUACAUUAGUAAUGUACUAUAAAAGCAACAUUGUUAUCAUUUUACCAUGAUAAACGAAACGCACGAAUUGGUGGUCAAA